ACUAGUAGUUGAUUCUUCCAAUUUUUAAUGUAACAAUUCUCACAUCCUGAACAAAUCGAUAGAAAUAAGCAUAAAUGGCGGAUUCGUCAGCACCAUUGUUGACACACGUUGAAGAAGAUGGAGAGGCUUCUUCGCCUCUGACUUUCGACAAGAUCCUCGAACAAAGUUUGUCUCAUUUCGGAUUCUUGCAGUUCUUACAGAUACUUCUCGUUGGGCUCGCCCUAACCUUUGACGCUCAUCAGAUAUUCAUUACCGUCUUCACAGAUGCAUAUCCUACGUGGCACUGUCUCGACCACACGGUCUGCAAUCCGACAACUACCGAUAUCUGUAAGAUUCCCCGGUCAGCUUGGGAGUGGGACGGCGGUUUCAAGGGUAAAUCAGUCAUUUCGGAGUUCGACCUCGAGUGCUCAAGCUCCUUUCUUAGAAGUCUACCUAGUUCAACUUUUUACGUGGGUUCUAUCGUUGGAGGAAUCUUUUUGGCUAUGAUCCCAGACGGUUCCUUGGGACGGAAGCAACUUCUUUUCUUCUCCACUUUCGCAAUGUCGCUCACCGGAAUCUCGAUUUACUUAUCCUCCAACAUAUGGAUCUACUCUUUCUUAAAGUUCGUAAUCGGAUUCGCCCGUUCCCAGACUGGUACAUACGCGUUAGUUCUGAUAAGUGAACGAGUUUCCACCAAAUGGAGACCGCGAGCUACUAUGAUUCCGUUUACUCUGUUUGUGUUAGGGUUCAUGUCGCUGUCUGGAAUCGCUUACCUUGUCCAGCACGCUUCCUGGAAAGUUCUCUAUCUAUGCACAUCCGUUCCUGCAGGAAUCCACAGUAUGUUCAUCUAUUUCUUUGCCCUAGAGUCGCCGCGUUGGCUUUAUUUGGAAGGGAGGAACGAAGAAGCCAUUGAAGUGCUCAAAAGGAUCUCACCUGCAAACAGAGGUUACUUGGAAUCCGCAUCUUCUAGGUUACCUCCAAAAAAAACAUUAGAGCAAACUUCAAGCUCCUCUAUCAAGGACUUGUUCGUCAGGAAAUGGGCUUUUCAAAGAGUCGUACUUGUUAUGAUCAUAAUGUUUGGGUUGGGAAUGUCGUAUUAUGGAGUCCCAUUAGCUGUUAGAGACAUAAAAGUGAACAUCUAUCUGAGCGAAGCCCUAAACGCCAUGGUUGAGUUACCGACGUUUAUUGUUACACCAAUCUUGCUAGAAAAAUUCAACAGGAGAAGUUCUGUGCUUGUAAGUUGCUUAGUCGGAGGGGCAUCAGGAGUGCUCUGUUUCGUCCUGAGCCUUUCAGGGAGAACAAAAAUCGCUUUCGCUCUCGAACUUAGUUCUUUCUUUUGCGCUAGGAUUGGAUUCAAUUUAAUGGCGGUUUAUCUGGUUGAGCUCUUCCCUACAUCGGUGAGGAAUAGCGCAACAAUGAUGCUUAGACAAGCGCUUGUGUUUGGAGGAGCUUGUUGUCCACUCAUUGCUUCGAUUGGAAGACAUGUUCCCUCAUUAUCCUUCGCUGUUUUUGGAAUUGCAAUGUCAGGUCUCGGAUUAUUCGCUUUGCUUCUUCCUGAGACCAAAGGGUCAAGUCUGUGUGAUACAAUGGAAGAACAAGAGCAGAGAGACCAAGCCUUGAAGACAUAGUUUCAGCAACCUCAGUUCUUUUUUACUGAUUUUUUUCAUAAAAAAUCGUCUAUGAACAGAACCUUUUAAAAUGGUUAAUCAAGCCAUCUGUUGAUUUUCAUACUAGUUCAUAUGUGAAACCUACAAUGGCAUGUAAAAUUGUUGAUAAACUAAAGUCUCUACAAACUAAGAAACGUUUUCUAAUCAUCUAUAAA